UGCCGGUCCCCUUUCUUGGUUAUCCAUAUAAAUAAAGGUGGGUGGGUUGAGGUCCCCUGAUAAGUUAUUCUCGGAAAAUGGCCGAAUCUGAUGGAUAUAAUAGCCCUUUUGAUUACAGUAGCGAUGAAGAAGAGGAAAUAGAAGCAUAUUUGCCUGACGAUUUCAAGCAAUAUGUGGACACUCAACUCAACCGCUGCCCACUGGUGCAUCAUGAUUGUGGUUUCUUCUGUGGAUGGUUUUUCUGGAGCCGAGAAGACGACCAUUCCGAACAUCCUCCGAGUGUGUGGGACUUUUAUUAUGACCAAUCCGAACAUCCUCCCAAUAUUUUGGAUUUAAAAAAGAAGAUCAAAUAUGUCCUUCGAGAGUGUUUACUCGAUUGGUUUCAUUAUCCAUCACUAGUUCAAUUUUGGGCACCCACAAUGACAAUGGAGGGCCAGUCUUAUCUUACAACUCAAAACCAACCUUUCGUUCUUUAUACAUCUAAUCUAGGGGGUGAUGACAGUAAAGGAGAUGUUAAAGGAGUUUGUGAGCAUAGGAUGAUCUCUAAGGACUAUAAAUUUUACACGAAUAGAGAGAGUUCAGAUGAACAACUUGGGGCUCCUGGCCGUGUGUUCAACCAUGGAUUUCCCGAAUUCACUCCCAAUGUAGAACAUUACUCUAUCAAAGAGUAUCCAUUGCGCGACCAUGCUUUACGUUGCCAAGUUGCACAAUCUUUAGCUAUCCCACUGUUUGAUCUUUCUACCCACUCAUGUGUUGGUGUACUUGAGAUAGUUUCAACAACGCCCCCAAUAGACUCUCUAUCGCACUACUACUUUGACCUGCAGGUUUUUUGUAAUUUGAAGGAGGUAGGUCUGGGAUCUUCACUUUCAGUUGCAAACCAUGGCACGGAUAUAAAUGUGAAAAAAAGUGAAGCCUUACAUGAAAUCAGCAAGGUGUUGGAAGUUGCACGUGAAGUUCAUGGUUUACAUUUUGCUCAAGUAUGGGCCCUGUGCAGAGUAGACUGGAUAUGCAGGGCACUGAUUGAGGGUGACAUCUUCCAUGUGAUGCCCAGAUUCGAUGAAGUUGCCCACUACGAACUGCCCGCUAUGGCCAGAGCCGAACAUCACUUGAGAAAGGGGCAAGGAGUUGUUAGGAGAGCAUUCUACUCCCCUAAUGUAUUAUUGUGCAAGGAUGUAUCCCAACUUAGCAUAAUUGACUACCCAUUGGCACACUAUGCACGAUAUGAUAAAUUAGGUUGUUGUUUUGCAAUAUGCUUGCAAAGUAGUUGCACCGGAAAUGACAUUCACGUGUUAGAGUGCUUUAUGCCGCCAAACAACAAAGACUACUACGGUAAUCAACAGACUGCAUUGAGGAAAAUAUUGGAAACGAUGAGGAAAAAUUUUCAUACUUUUAAGCUUGCUUCUGGAGAAGAACUUGGGGGACAUUUAUAUAUUGAAGAAAUUCCUUUUCAGAAUGGUGAGAAACUUGAUUUUGUUCAAAUGUCCCAGACUACUAAAUCUUUGCCUAUGCUGGAGCCCUUACAAACUGGAAGAGAGAUGACACAACUGGAUUUAUCGAAUCAACAAUCAAUGGAUGCAUUAAACAAUGAAAGCAAUGUUGUAAGUGCGGAACGAAGCAACAUUGAUGUUACUUGUUCAUAGGGAAAAGGCAAAGCAAAGAGGCCAAAAAGAGUGCACAAUAAAACUGGAGUUAAAAUUGAAAUUCCUUUAGAUGAUAUCCUACAAAAUUCAAAAAAGAGCAUCAAGGUUGCUGCAGAUAAUCUCCAAGUUAGCCAAUCUACACUAAAGCGUGUUUGUAGGCGUUAUGGUUUCUCAAGGUGGCCACCACGCAAUAAGAAUAAGGUUGGUUCCUCUCAACCUAGUGAAUCUUCCCCGGGUGUUGAUCAUCAACAAAUACUACAAUUAAGUUCUAAUCAGCCUUUUAGUCAAGCCUUAGCUGUUGUUGUCCACGCAAACCCACAUAAUACAGUGAUCCGAGAUGCAAAUAUUGUGACCGUGAAGGCAAAAUAUAUCAAUGAUAUUAUAAUAAAGUUUUCGUUGUCUUUGUCAUCGGGACUAGUUGAGUUGCAGCAACAAAUCGCCAAUAGACUGCACUUAGAGGAUGGAACUUAUUAUGUCAAGUAUAAAGAUGAGGAUGACGACUUAACUGUAAUAGCUUGUGAUUAGGACUUACAAGAUUAUAUAAGCAGUUCUAAAUCGCUAGGCAGCACUACCAUCAUGGUAUUCAUUGUUCCAAAGUAGUCAAUUAUUAGUGACCAACUUGAAUCAUUCCAGUUUUUUUCGUUGUUGCUAUAUUUUCUUUUGUUCUAUCUUUUGAUUCUAGAGAUGGUUGUUGCUAUCAUGCCUUGUUUCCUCUGUUUCAGGAAGGUUGGGAGUGUUUUGGGUUUUUUUGGUUUCCUCUUGGCAGUUGGGUUCUGGCCAACUGUUUCAUUCUCCCCUUUUGUAAUGUUGUAGUAGCAUUAAUAAAAUGUUACUUUCUUUGCUGAUCAAAAAAAAAAAAAAAA